CUCCCUCCCUCCAUGACCAAACCAACCAAACCCAACAAAAAACAUUUUUGUGAAAGCGUAGCGCGUUUUUAACUACUGCGUCUCAUUUAAUUUAUUAGUUCGUAUAAAAAUUCAAAUUAUUCCACAAAACAUGUUCAUAAACUCUUGACUUUCAGAAUUAUAAUUUGUACGAGGAAAAAUGGUAUCGACACGGCAGAUGAGUAGCGUAGGAGGUAGUGGCAGCAGUGAUGGUGCAGGUCCAUCUCACGUUGAACCAGCAGCGGUGUCGCGUGUCACCAGGCAUUCAAGCGCACUACUCCCUGGAGGCUCUUCGCCGCACGCCAGCACCUCAAAGUGUACAUCUUUAGUGCCAGCAUCAAAAUCGGCUACUAAUUUCCUCGAUCUGCCCAUUGAAGUCAUAGAUAAGAUCUUUAGCUACUUGGGUUUUAAGACAGUGUCACACAUGAGAAUGGUCAAUCGGCAGUUCAACACUAUCUGCAGUACCAUUUUAAAUUCAACAUUUCAACGUCUCCAAAAUCAGAUGUUGCACAGAUUCCAGUCAAUAAAGGCAAAGAUGCCUCGUCGAGAAUCGGCUCGCAGAAGUCAUCCUUUGGCCUGUGAAUCAGACAUCAUUGAAACUUUGCACAUGAGGCUAAGCUUACUGCAAAUGACAUUUGGCAAACACAUUGAAAGGAAACACUGCUGUUUUUUCCCGGGAGAGAUACUGGAUGAGGUGUAUAGUAUUUUGUCAUACUUGAAGACUACCACCAAAUUAGCCAGACCUUAUAAAGUCACUGAUGAGUUAUUUGAUUUGACAACCAUGGCCAUGGAGUAUUUCAAGGAACACAUAGAGCCUAAUUUACCAGAGAUAACAUAUUUUGGAACAGAUUUCUUUGAUAUCACAACUGCAUUUUCUCCGGGUGAGAGCAGUAAAUCGUACAUGUGCCUAGACUCUCCUCCGCCGAGCGGUUUUGAGUCUUCUUCUCAACAACAAGGGGGGAGUUCUUCGUGCGAUCGUCGCGUGUCCUCCCUUAACAUGUAUAUGGAAGAAAGCCUGCCGCCUUCCCCUCCGCCGCCGCAGAGUAAUAUGGUGCUUAGGAAAAGGAUACAUCGUAUCAAACAAGGGAUGAAGAAGUACAAUGAUCAGUUAUCAGCAUUACGUAGCGAUUUGCGCAGUUGCAAGCGCAAAACCGCGCUGCAGCAGAAGCAAAUUGCUGAGCAGCAGAAACAGAUUGCUGAACAGCAAAAGCAAACUUUAGAAUAUGCAAAUCGCCUUGAUGACUAUGAUAAGAAGAACGAGGAGACCAGCCGAAAGUUUCAAACUCUUCUUCAGGAGCUAAACAAAUGCAAGACGGAGUUGCAGUACUGGCGGUCUCGUUCGCCCGCCGUGCCGCCUCUGUGCGCGGAAUGCGGCGCCUCGUUACGUAUGUCGCCGUCGUCGUCUUUAGCACAGUGGCUAGGAUCGAGCUCCGAGGCCGGACCGGCGGAGUGGUCCGGCGACGCGGCCGCCGCCAGCGCCGGGCCGGCCGUGGGGGCGGCCGUGGCGGCGGAGACGCCGGUGGAGGGCCGCAGCGACGCCAAGCCCGAGGCGGCCGCCGACACGCCGCCCGCGCCCGCCGCGCGCCGCCGCGCCUCCGCCGAGCCCGGCGCCGCCACGCCCGAGCGCAAGAAGCGCCGCCUCACGCGCCCGCGCAAGCUUUGAAAACGACGCGGGUAAUCGCGACGCCUGCGAGCGACGCAUUCAUUGGCGCGUGCUACUCCGUAGGGAACGCGAUGACAGCUUUGAUAAUCUUAAUACCGGUUUAUGUGUUGCGCGUGGCAGGUAGGCCACAGAAAUUU